GGAGAGAGCGAGAGAGGCCUCUGGUGCUGGAAGGGGAGCCAUGGCGGGCGGCGAGGAGGAGGAGGAGGGCUCCGGGGCGGGAGGGCGCUCCAAGGUGGCUCCCAGCGUGGACUUCGACCACAGCUGCUCCGACAGCGUCGAGUACCUCACCCUCAACUUCGGGCCCUUCGAGGCCGUGCACCGCUGGAGGCGCCUCCCGCCCUGCGACGAGUUCGUCGGGGCCCGCCGCAGCAAACACACCGUGGUUGCCUAUCGCGAUGCCAUCUACGUCUUUGGAGGGGAUAAUGGAAAAACCAUGUUGAAUGACCUAUUGAGAUUUGAUGUGAAGGACUGCUCUUGGUGCAGAGCUUUUACCACAGGAACCCCACCUGCCCCUAGGUAUCACCAUUCAGCUGUAGUCUAUGGAAGCAGCAUGUUUGUAUUUGGUGGCUAUACUGGAGAUAUCUAUUCCAAUUCCAACUUGAAGAAUAAAAAUGAUCUUUUUGAAUAUAAGCUUGCAACAGGCCAGUGGACUGAGUGGAAAAUUGAAGGAAGAUUGCCUGUUGCCCGGUCAGCUCAUGGGGCAACAGUCUAUAGUGAUAAACUGUGGAUCUUUGCAGGGUAUGAUGGGAAUGCGCGAUUAAAUGACAUGUGGACUAUUAGUUUACAAGACAGAGAUUUAACUUGCUGGGAAGAGAUUAAACAGACUGGAGAGAUUCCUCCUUCAUGUUGCAAUUUUCCUGUAGCUGUUUGUAAAGAGAAGAUGUUUGUUUUUUCAGGCCAGAGUGGAGCGAAGAUUACCAAUAAUCUUUUUCAGUUUGAAUUCAAGGAAAAAAUCUGGACAAGAAUUCCUACUGAGCACUUGCUACGAGGCUCUCCUCCUCCCCCCCAGCGGAGAUAUGGUCACACAAUGGUUGCCUUUGAUCGCCAUCUUUAUGUGUUUGGUGGUGCUGCAGACAACACAUUGCCUAAUGAACUUCACUGUUAUGAUGUGGACUCACAGACCUGGGAAGUUAUCCAUGCAAGUCCAGAUAGUGAGUUGCCAACUGGAAGACUAUUCCAUGCUGCAGCUGUCAUCUGUGAUGCGAUGUACAUUUUUGGUGGGACAGUGGAUAAUAAUAUUAGGAGUGGAGAAAUGUAUAGAUUUCAGUUUUCUUGUUAUCCCAAAUGUACUUUACAUGAUGAUUAUGGGAGACUCUGGGAAACCAGGCAAUUCAGUGAUCUGGAAUUUGUUCUUGGAGAGAAAGAAGAGAGAGUUCGAGGGCAUACUGCCAUUGUCACUGCUCGCUCUAAAUGGCUCAGGAAGAAAAUUACACAGGCAAGGGAACGGUUGAAACAGAAGUCCAAGCAAGAGCUUGAUGAAGAAGGACAAGGAACACCCCAGAAGGAGGCAGCAGGCAGCAGUGUCAAGCUGUGCCGUCUGCAACCACUGCUGGAAGUUCCUAUCCGGGAAGCAGAAGCCCAGCCAUUUGAGGUGCUCAUGCAGUUCCUCUACACAGACAAAAUCAAAUAUCCAAGGAAAGGGCAUGUGCAAGAUGUUCUGCUAAUCAUGGAUGUGUACAAAUUGGCCCUUAAUUUCAAACUCUCACGGUUGGAACAGCUGUGUGUCCAGUACAUUGAGGCCUCAGUAGAUCUCCAGAAUGUGCUUGUUGUAUGUGAAAAUGCCAAUAAACUUCAGCUAGAUCAACUAAAGGAACAUUGCCUGAAUUUUGUGGUAAAAGAAUCACAUUUUAAUCAAGUUAUAAUGAUGAAAGAAUUUGAGCACCUUUCUUCAUCUUUGAUAGUGGAAAUAGUAAGAAGAAAGCAGCAGCCUCCACUUCGAACACAUUCUGACCAACCUCUGGAUAUUGGAACCUCAUUGAUUCAGGAUAUGAAAGCCUAUCUGGAAGGUGCUGGUCUAGAAUUCUGUGAUAUCAUUCUACUCUUAGAUGGUCACCCAAGACCUGCUCAUAAAGCUAUUCUUGCAGCUCGUUCCAGUUAUUUUGAAGCCAUGUUUCGUUCUUUUAUGCCAGAAGAUGGACAAGUUAAUAUUUCCAUUGGUGAGAUGGUUCCAAGCAAGCAAGCAUUUGAGUCUAUGCUAAGAUACAUUUAUUAUGGAGAAGUGAACAUGCCUCCUGAAGAUUCCCUCUACCUCUUUGCUGCUCCUUAUUAUUAUGGAUUCUAUAAUAAUCGACUCCAAGCAUAUUGUAAGCAGAAUCUGGAAAUGAAUGUUACUGUGGAAAAUGUGCUACAGAUUUUAGAGGCAGCUGACAAGACUCAGGCUCUGGAUAUGAAGAGACAUUGCCUGCAUAUCAUUGUUCACCAAUUCACCAAGGUUGGUUGGAUGUUUUCUGGGGUUCUGGGCAUCUGCUGUCCCCUUUCUCUGCCAUGGUUGAAAACAGCUUAAGGUUUCCAAGUUGCCAAAUCUUCGAUCUCUCAGUCAGCCUCUCCUACUUGACAUCAUAGAAUCAUUAGCAAACCACAUAUCAGACAAGCAGUGUGCUGAGCUUGGUUCAGAUAUCUAAGAUUUCCAGUAUUCUACAUCUUGCACAUUUGAGUCAUUUUCUCUAAAGUUUGUGACCAUUCCAUGCUAAUCUGCUGAAAAUAUCCUUGUAAAAUAUGGAAGGCUCUGAAUGUGGAAGGUAAUAGUUUAUGGCUUUCUAAGGAUAACAGUUGUACCUGAAUUGGAUGGGAAGAGUGCAAAGAAGAGAUGGUAUGCAGCACCUGGCAUGUUUGGGCCUGCUAAUGGAGCCUAACUAAUCGGUCAAGAAUAUUGAUUUGAUUCUUUGCUACUUAAGAUGUCUUCUCUAAAUUCGAAGGACCACAAGAUGAUUUUAUCAUAACAUUUAAAAGUUACUUCCUUUUCCCCAUCUGUACCAUUCUGAUGCCUGACUUGAUUCCAUUGAAUCUGGAGGACUGGGAAAUAGAAGCUGAAAAGACUCUGACAGUGUUUGCUUGAGAUAGUUUCAGGUAACAAUAAAUGCAGUACACCAGAGAAAAUUCUGUUGACAAGAUGGAAAUAUCAUGUAUUCAUUUACUACAAGGUGUGCUUCUUUUCCCACAGUUUCUUAGCAGGUGUUACCAAAGACCCUCUUGAAAACACUGAUUUGUUCUCCCUUUUUCUGUACAUGUCUGCUGUAUGCAUAUAUGCUGAAUGUGAAUAUAUUCCUAAAAUGUAGAGUGGCAAAGAAAUAUAAAUGCAUACUGGAAUAUGGAGUACUCUUAGAAACCCUUCACAUCUCACUUUAACUAGGGAAUAUUAAUUCCUGACAUCUCACAGAGUUAAAUUACAAGUGCAGCUUGAAAGAUUCACAUGGACAUUGUUUGAAUAAAAUAUGUCUCUUUAUCUGUCUCCCAGAGUUUAAAAAAAGAAAAGAAAAGACAAUGAAGAAACUCUCUGUAUGUCAGUAACAACUUAAAACAUUUUUAAAAGGUUACAAUUGGACUGCUGUCUCCCCCUCCCCAGUGUCUUCAAUGCUCUCAUUGUGCUGCUUUCUUUUAAUAUAUCUUAAUAAAGAAGGCCUUUUAGUGAAGUACAAAUAUAUUUUGGGGAAUUAAUAGGAAGGAGAUAUCUUGGAAUGAUUAAAUUAAAACUCAUUGCUGGAUAGACAAGGGUCACAUGGUCUAAACUUUGCUACUGUUUGUAGGACUCUUAUACCUCAGUUCCUUAGCAUAGAAUAGAUAGACAUUAUCAGAACAAAUUCUCUUGCAGUCUAUUUUUCAAUUUUUGAUUAUGCAUGAAACUUUAUUAGAGCAGAAGUAUUGUAAUAUGAAUCAGAAAUGUCCACAUGACUGUAGCUACUGCUCUUACCUUUAGUCGCUACGUUCCCACUUAAUAUGUGGUUGCCAAGGAGAUACAAAUUAUGGCCCAAAACACAUGAGCCAAGAGGUGUGACUUCCAGCCUGGGGGUGAAGCAUGCAGACAACGUAUGCCCCUGAUGCAGCUGGAAUCUGCUCUGAGGCCCCCCUCAGGCAGGAAAAAGGAGUGCUGAAAAAGUGCUUCUUGCCAGUGACCCACUUUCAGAGUGGGCCAUCCAAUCACCGCAGUCCCGUGCCACUCAGGGCUCAAUUGUGGGCACUUCUUCAUGCCCAUCUGUUCACCCUUGUGAUAUCUUCCUUUGGAUCACUUCUGUUAGUAAAGGGGAUUGCCAAAUUAAGAGGAAAGUUUUCAAAGGUAUAGGCAUUUGGGCUAAUAUGCACUGAGGUACUGUUGGGAGCCACAGGUAUCAGCAUUUUUAAAGAGUUGCUGUGGAUGGAACAGACAUAAAUCUCAGUAUGUUAGUCCUACCUAGAAUAUACCCAUUGAAUUGGUGGAACUAGAUCAAUUCCCAUUACAUAACCCAUUACUUUAGUGAGUCUACUGUAGUUGGGACUAGCAGUUGGAUUUAAACCUUUCUCUUCUUCAGUUUGGCUCAGAAACAAAUUUUGCAUUGUGAAAUGCUAGAUAUACUGCACAAUUUUAACCAUGUUAAGAAUAUUUGACAUGCUCCUUUAAUGGGGUUUCAGUAACUAUUAAAAUUCUCCAAUUCUUGGCGAAUAUCAUACUAUUUUCUGUGAUUUUACUUGAAUACACUUAUCACAUGAAAGACUGGAUAUAUACAUUAAGAAUGCGCCCUAUUUAUACAGUAAUACUUUAAGAGCAUAUCGCUCAGAACUAAUAGGAUUGUCCUGUGUCCACAUAGACUGGUUCUGGAACCUUCAUAUAGUGGUCUUGAGGCUGGGUGGGAAAAGUAUCCUUGUAAUAAGUUGUUUUAGGAGCAGUUUCAUCUUGUUUGGCUGCAUGCCUGUGCUUUUCUUAAAUCUCAUCCUCAAUAAUAUUUUGGAGCUAAUUUUAAUAAUAUAUUUAUUAGUGAACUUUAGAUUUUUUUUUCCUUUUCAGUUUAUUUCUUUCACAAAUUGGCCUCUGUGGUAGUGCAGUUUUUCACCCAUCUUUUGCUUCUGGUUGCUAAUUUCUAAGAAACAGUCUUUUUUCCUGAGAGAGAAUGACCACAGUACUAAUUCUGCCACCAUGCUUUUAUUUUGACAUAAUUUUCAAAAAUAAAUAAUUUAUCUAUAGAGUGUACCCUAGUAUUUUAAUUUCUUUAUUCUGCUCAAUAUUACUAUUUUUAUUAAACAGUCUAUACUGAAAUUAGGGAGUGAAUGUAUUAGUAGUUACAGGUUUAAUUGCAAUUUAAUGUCAUUGCAAAAUAUGAUCUCUUUAACACUGAGAUGACUAUAAAAUGGUUGAUUACAUUUUUCAGUUACUAUUUAGUUCACUAGUUCUACUUUAUAUUCAUUUAGAGUGGGUCCUUGGUAUCCGCUGGGGUUUGGUUCCAGAAUUCCCCGUGGAUACCAAAAUCUGUGGAUGCUCAAGUCCCAUUAAAACAAUGGCAUAGCAAAAUGAUGUCCCUUAUAUAAAAUAGAAAAUCAAGGUUUUCUGUUUGUAAUUAAUACUUUUUUUCAGUAUAUUCAAUCCGUGGAUGUUUGAAUCCAUGGAUAAGAAAAAUCUGUGGAUAAAGAGGGCUUACUGUGUUCUUAAUUGAAUUGUAGCUUUUUCCAGUGUAGUAGUAACUGAUAUUGCCAAAUCAGUUUUUUGCAAACUGCAUUUCUGGUUUUUUAUUUCUUAUUAUUACCUAAAACCAUAAUUUGAGGAACUCUUACUUUUAAUGCUGGUAUGGACUGCUAACUGUGGUAUGAACAAGGUUGCUGACAUUCCUCAAGUGUCCUAAUGACUCUUUCACUUACAUAUACAGCUCUUGAUCUUGAGGUGAGGUGAGUCAGUGAUUAUAUAUGUAAUGCAAUAUUUGAAACUGUCAUGAACAACAUUCCAAUUUCAUAAAAGGAAUAUCAGGAACAUUCAGUACCUUAUAGAGAUGGUUUUCAUAAUUAGUGUGAAUGUACAUUCUUGGGUUCUGUGUACCAUGUAACCUGCCUUAUUUCACCUAAUCUGUUGUGUGAAGGUGUAGUCCUCUUGCUAAUGCUGAAGUAAGACUCAUCUGCUAGUUGUCUUAUUAUAUGGAAUUGAGUGGCUACCAUUUUAGCUUUUACAUCAGGUAGCAAGGUAUCUUGAGCCAGUCCUUUUAAUGAGUUGGUGAAAGAGCAAAUUUUUGAAUCCAGAUAUUUAGUAUUCUUGCCCAGCAUCACCUCUUUAAUGUCUAUGGAUAAACAAAGAUAACUAAUCUCUAUGGAUCUCCUGAAUUAGAAAAAGUAUGCAUUUUCACAAGUUUUUUGCAGUCGCAUAAAAAUAGGAAAUAUGCACAGGUAGGAAUUCAGAUGAAGAACAAUGACUUGUGUAAAACAGCAUGUGUUAAUACUGGAUACUCAACCUAGAUUAUUGCAUCUGGGGAAGUAGACCAAGCCUACAAAAGCUUAUGCUACAACUUCUUUUGCUCAGUUAGUCUCGAAGGUGCUGCAAGAUCCCUUUGCAUACUAAUGUGAUUAUAUUUCUGACUCCUAGGUUGUUUUGUGUUACUUACAUAAAUUGCUAAAAAUAACUACCUAAGAUCCUUGUGUUUUCUCAUUUUUUGUUCAUACACUUUUUGCUCAUACUCUAUUUUUAUUAUAACAAUGUCAGAGAGAGACCAGCCAAAAUGUUGUCAUCAUGCUAGGCAACUUGGGUACUACAUCAGUUAUUCUUGUGUCCAAGUUCCAUUUUUCAGUCAAUUAACAUACCAUUUUUGAUUGUAAAUGGACUCUAAUUUACUUUCCUCCCAUACAUCUUUUGGGGAUCAUGUCAGGACUUCACUGAUAACAAGUAAUACUUUAUAUCAUUGGCUUUAGUUGGUCUUUGUUAUGAGCUGUGUAAACACAAGAUUCAUUCAAUUUAUUAAUAAAUGUCUGAUGAAAGCUAACAUUGGGUAAAAGCUGCCCUCGGAGACUUUUUUGGCUGAAGGGCAAGGUAUAAAUCAUAGAAUCAUAGAGUUGGAAGAGAAUAAAUAAAGUAGUGUGUGUUAAAUAUAUUGUGCCUGUGAUGCAUGAAGGAGGAUAGUAUGCACCCUAUUAAACUAUUUGAAAGUUGCAGGUGACAAAAUAUGAUAUAGUUAUGGCAUUAUAAAAGAAGUAUUGCUAUUGGAACUUAAUACCUAAUGGUGGCAGAAACUUAGGAAAUGUUUAGAAUGUUCUAUUUUUUGAUACGGGCACUGAUGCCGUAUACACAGCUGGGCCACCUUGGGGGAAAAUAUGUCAAGCCUUCCAGGUCUAACAGUACUGCAGGAGUUAGCUCAUACUCCUCUGUGAUUGCCAUAGACACAAUGUUCAAAAGGAAGAUGCAUGUUUCUGGAAAAGGAGGUGUUUAAUAAAACAACAGUCACUUCUUUAUUCCACUAUAUCUCCUAUAACUCACCUUCAGCCACUUUCUCUAGGCCAUUGAUGUCUGUCUCCCUGAAGUUCCUGAAUCCAGUUUAGUAGAUACUGAACUGGGUAUCUCCUGCAAAUCCAUCCCAGCUUUAUUAAUGGUCCAUUAAGGGCUGGGUACUUCAGGCCCAGCACUGGACAAUUCACAAAACAGAGAGAAUACAGGAAAAUAGAUAAGCCUGUCUCACAAGCUACUCCCAGCAUGUUAAAAAAAGAAGCUUUGAUCUAUAAGUUUGGCCACCAAAAUGGAAAUCGUGAGAAAAGGAGAUGCAUCUUGGGGGGAAAAGUUCUUAGCUAGAAGUUUCACAAUGUUUUUGUUUACUGACGCUAGGCUUCCUUGACCCAGCUGUUUUCUUUCAUGUGUUCAUAUUGUUAGUUUUGAAUGAACAGUUUGCUGAAACAUGUUAAGCUGCUCUUCUUUUUUGUCACAUGUUAUUUCUGUCUCUGCUACCAAACAUUCUGUUAAGGAUAAUGUGCAAGAACACAUCUAUUUUGUUAACUGGGAUGUACCUGUAUAUUUUUUUUAAUUAAUUUUUAUUGUUAAGAUGUUUUUAGAUGUACCUUGUUUUAAUUCAUGUUCUCGGCUGCCUUGAGUCCUCUGCUGGGGAAAAAGUGUGAUGUAAAUUGAAUGAAUAAAUAAAUAAAUACAGAUGUACUACCCUAA